AUGUUAAAGUCAUGUAGCAGUACAAAUCAGGCAGAAGCUACCGAGGUGGUAGAAGAAUUAAAGAAAAUGUCAGAUAUAGGACUCCCAAUUGUGGCCAUGGGUUUGGUGGGCUACCUUAGAAACAUGAUUUUGGUUGUAUGUAUGGGAAGGCUUGGAAGUCUGGAACUAGCAGGUGGAGCACUAGCUAUUGGCUUCACCAACAUCAGUGGCUACUCAGUUCUGUCAGGCCUAGCCAUGGGAAUGGAGCCACUUUGCAGCCAGGCUUUCGGUUCCUGUAAUGUAUCAGUCUUAAACAUUACUUUGAGGAGAACAAUAAUACUGCUAUUGACUGCUUCGCUACCCAUUGGGAUUUUAUGGUUCAACCUUGAGCCUUUCAUGAAUAAGCUUCACCAAGACAAAGACAUAACUUGUGUUGCAAGCCUAUAUUGCCGAUACGCAAUCCCAGAUCUCAUAGCCAUUAGCUUUCUUCAUCCUCUCCGUAUCUAUCUACGUAGUAAAGGGACAACCUGGCCAUUAAUGUGGUGCACUCUGCUCCCUGUUAUGCUAAAUAUCCCUAUAGCCAUCCUAUUAUCUUUCAAACUUCAUCUAGGCGUUCGGGGUUUAGCUGUUGCUACUUUCAUCACUGACUUUAAUGCUGUUUUCCUCCUCCUAGGUUACAUUUUCUACACCAAUAGCAAAAAAGAGCCAAUAGGUGUGCCAUUACUAUCACAACAUACUACAGAUUCAAAACCUUCACUGGGAAAGGAAUGGAGAACUCUCCUUCAACUUUCCAUCCCAAGUUGUUUAGGUGUCUGCCUAGAAUGGUGGUGGUAUGAGCUCAUGACUCUUCUUGCAGGUUACCUUGAAGAACCACAGGUCACGUUGGCCACGUCAGCUAUAGUUAUACAGACAACUUCCCUCAUGUACACCUUACCUACUGCACUUAGUGCAUCAGUGUCAACUCGAGUUGGACAUGAGCUUGGAGCAGGUCAUCCUAAAAAGGCUUGUUUGACAACAAAGUUAGCCAUAGGUUUAGGUCUAUUUAGCUCACUGUUUGGUCUCCUAUUGACAACCUUUGGCAGAAGAGUAUGGGGAAGUGUAUUCACCGAAGAUAAUGCAGUUUUAAAACUUACAGCAGCUGUACUCCCUAUCAUAGGACUAUGCGAGCUGGCCAAUUGCCCACAAACUACAGCUUGCGGAGUUCUUCGAGGGAGUGCAAGACCUAGUAUUGGAGCAGGAAUAAAUUUCUAUGCAUUUUACAUGGUCGGUACACCAGUCGCCAUAGUUUUAGGUUUUGUUUUAAAACUAGGAUACGUAGGCCUUUGCUACGGACUCCUAGCAGCUCAAAUAGCAUGUGCUGUCUCUAUUCUUGUAGUUAUAUACAAGACAAACUGGGAAACAGAGUCCUUGAAGGCGAUGGACCUAGUGGGACGUGCGCCAGCAAGCAAAAAUCAAGCAUGCAAUUAUAAUGAAGAAGCUGGAUAUCUAAGAGAGGUGGCUUGUCUCAAGUGAAAAACAUGUGAGAGACAAACAAAAAUCAUAAAUUCAAUACAACCGAUUUUAUUAGUCCCAUUAUGUUCUACCAUGAGUUGAAUUCGUUAGUGUUACAUGUACAAAUGAGAUGAACUCGGUAAAGAUAGAUCCUUUCAUUUAAUGAGGAUUCUUUUUAACAAAAAAUUCCUAUUUCUUCCUAGAACAUUAUCACCUUAAGCCUACACAAGAAGAAACGUGCCCACUGUAGAAUAAAAGACAUGACGAUAUUUGGUAUGCGAAAAAGGAAUAAUGAUAGUUUUUCCAUUUUUAGAAAGUCCAAGAGAAAACCUUAGAAGUGAAAGUAUCUAAUUAUCUUAUCAUCAGUGAAUGUUCAACCCU